AUGGCUGCAACUAAAGACUCUCAUGUAGUGGAGAUUCCGGUAGACGAAGAGCAUAAAGAGAGGCAGAAACAGCAACAAGAACAACAGUUGGUUACUGUCUCGAAUCCGGGAAUGGGAAUACUCAGGGUGAUUCAGCAGCAUCCAUUGUCUGAAAUCUCAGAGAGUCCUGGACAUUUGUUGCUUUUGAAGCUAUGGCAAAGAGAAGAAGAUCUGUUCUGUCGCCGUGUUCUUCUUAAAGAAUCGAGGCUCGAGUCCAUCAAAAGAGAGAUCUUUCAGCUCUGUUGUUUCUUCCUCGUCUUCCAUGGUUUCCUGUUCACGAUUGUCUACUCAUCUUCUUGUUCGGCUGAUAAUGAAGCGAUGAAAAGCGAUGCGGUCUGCAAGAAAUGGUGGAUACCUUCUAUAGUGUCACUAGCCACUUCAUUGGUUCUGGUGUUUUUGGUGCAGGCUAAGCUUUUCAUGUUCUGGAAAGUUUAUAGAGGAGUGCAUAGAGAGAGGAACGAUAACAGAACGCUUACACGGUGUGUUCUUGAGCUGAGGAUGAAAGGGUCGAGCUUUGAUUUGUCGAAGGAGCCAAUGAGUGGGAAGAGGAUGAAGAGCUCAAGCGUUGAGAUCAAGUGGAAACCAGUUACUUGGUUCUCUCAGUAUUUGAUCACCAUUGUUCUUCUUUGCUUUGCAGGGUUGUUCUUCCCGGUCUCAAAGUUCAUCCUCUGCGGAUUUUGA